AUGGCGCCCUGGGGUGGGCAGGCAGCUCUGUGCAGGGGCCUGGCCCCGGGCUGGAGCCUGCUGGUCCAGGGUUGGGGACACUCCUCCGACUCUGCCGAGGACAGGUUUGAGAUCAACUUCCUGUCGGAGGCAGGGGACACCGCCUUCCACGUGAAGCCCCGAUUCUCCGGCGCCACCAUAGCGGGCAACGCGUUCCAGGGCGGCCGCUGGGCGGAGGAGGUGUCCAGCAUCUUCCCCCUGGCGCUGGGGGAGCCCUUUGAGGUGGAGGUCACCUCGGACACUCAGCACUUCCACGUCCAGGCCCAGGAGCACAAGGUGCUGCAGUUUGCCCACUGCCUCGGGGCCCUGGCAGCCAUCACCCGGGUGCAGGUGCUGAGUGACCACCGCCUAGGCCAAGUGGAGCUGGCCAGGAGGGGCCUGCGCUGGGGGGAUGGGGGCUACUGA